AUUUAAAAUCAGUAGUUUUCCAGUUCUGUUUCGGCAUUCGCUUAAAACGUAAUCAACGUACAUCAAGAAUUGUGACGGGUUACGAUUCAUCACGAUAGUCAGAAAUAGGCAAGAGGAGCAAAGAGGACACGUAAAAGAUGGCGGAAGCCGUUGUAGACGGGGCAAUGUCCCGAUUUUUUUGUCACAAAUGCAGUAUCGAAAUUGAACGUUUAUUACCUGAUUACACAUGUCCAAGAUGUUCGAGUGGUUUCAUAGAGGAAUUAGAAAGCGAUAGCAGUGACAGUGGAUCUGGAAUGCAUAUUACUAACGACGCAGAUGAUCUUUGGGAACGUUACGCAGAUGUUCCUUUAAGAGGGGAGUAUGAAACGGAGUUCUCUAAUCAGUUUGAAACACCGUUCAGUUCUACACCUGUUAGAAAUAAUGGUCCUGCUGGUAGAAGACGAGCUCAUUGGACACGUAAUGCUCAAGAUACACGUCGUUCUAAUAGCAGUCGUGGACGACAGGAAGUAAUGCCUGUGUCUGUAGAGAAUUUCAUACAAGAUUUUAUACUUAAUCUCUCAGAAGGAGUAGCACAAGCUGCACAACUACCUGUAUUCAAUAUUAGACUGUUCUUGGGAAAUCCUGGAGAUUAUGUCUGGGGUCAGGAUGGCUUAGACGCGAUUGUAACGCAAUUAUUGAAUCAAAUUGAUGGAACUGGACCACCUCCCUUACCAAGAAAACAAAUCGAUGAAAUACCAACUAUAACUGUGAAUCAGUGUCAUGUGGAUAGUAAACUUCAAUGUUCCGUUUGUUGGGAAGACUUCAAACUUUCUGAACCGGUUAAGCAACUUCCUUGUCUACAUCUAUAUCAUACACCGUGUAUUGUACCAUGGUUAGAAUUGCAUGGUACUUGCCCUAUUUGUAGACAGCACUUGGGAAGUCAAAAUUCGGCAGAAGUACAUCAGGAUACCGUAGGACGUAGCUUAGUCGCUCUCUUUAGGGCAACCAACGAAUCAAAUAAUACUAGAACAUCAUCACCUUCAUCCUCGAGUGGUAAUAACUCCAGUAGUAACUCAUCGAGUGAGAUUUGAGAUUGAUUAUCCUGUCUUAAUAUUUUCUCUACCCAGCAGGACACGCAAAUAUACACACACGACAUGCGUCUAUUUUUCACUUUUUUCAAAUUUGUUUCCUGGCACUGUUCACUCGAGCGAUGCUCAUAUAUAUCAAUAUUGUAUCUCGACACUAAUAUAAAUUUCAAGCUUUAUACUUCAAUCAACAGUGUAAUGUGAAUCAAGAACAAAUAACGCAAUAUAAAAUUACAACUUGCAUGUGUUGCUUUGCAUGAAUUAUAACGAGAUAUGAAGAUUAAGGGUCAAACAAAGACGUGCGUAUUUAUAGUUGAAAUAAUCAUUGUUGCUAUAUAUAUGUAUAUAUUUAUUUACGCGCGCGCCUGCAUAUACACAAUUUCAUAGUUUGCAAAAAUAAGUAAGAAAUUUAAGAAGAACGUGUAUGUUUCUUUAUAAAAGUUUGAAUUUGGAUGUUUAAUAAAUUUAAGGUGAUUACAAUAAUGUUUACAAAAUGAGAAAUGAAGAAAACACUGUAACAUAAUCUAAGCGUAGGAAGUGUGUUAUACAUAAAAAUAAUGGAAGAAACGUUAGUGGUUUUAAUUGUGUACAGUUUAAUUGAAAAUUUAUGCAGCAAUUUUCUUUCUGGCAUACUCUCUUUUCUUUUCUUUUCUUUUCUUUUCUUUUCUUUCCUUUUCUUCUCUUUUCUUUUCUUUUCUUUUUUCCAUUCAUAUGAUCUUGAUUUUUUAUGCUGUUUAAUUGCAGCGUACAUGUACGAGUGUUCCUUUGAGUUUUAAGAAUUGUAAAAAAAUUAGCCACUAAUAUUCUCUUAUUUACAUUCUUUUCUUGAAACUAAGUGUUUGCACCAGUAUUGUACUACAAAUUGUUAUCGAUAUAUUUUAUUUUAUUUUGAUCAUUAACAAAUAUCCUAUUCAAUUUAUGCUGGUGCAUGAAAUACACGCAAGAAUUGGUCAUGGAAACGAAAUUGCAGAGACAUUACAAUGGAAGUUAUGAGAGAUGGAAAAGUAGAAUGGAUUAUGAUAUUUGUGUACUUGUUUGAAGUUGUACUUUCUUUCUCAAAUACGGUUAUAUACUGUCCUAUAUAAUUUAUGUUACUCUUCUCAUCAUAAAAUCGAACAUAAAUAUAUUACAUUAACUAUUAGCGCAAUAAACGAAUUGUUUAUUUAUCAUUGAGUUGAUAUACGGGUUUGGUACAGAUGCAAAUUUGAUCGUUCGUAAUUCACAGCUGAUAAUCAGUUGAAAUAAUAAGUAUCAUAGAUAUAUGAGUAAAGUAGAGAAUGUGAAUAGCAUUUAGAUACGGAUAUGUAUCAUGUUAAAACUUUAUAGAUUUCAAUAUAGUAUACAAUUCAGGUAAUAAUUACCUGCAAUAUCAAUAUGCAUAUAAACACUUCUUCAAUUUGCCAUAUUACGUAAUAUACAUGUAAUAAAUUAUAGUGUUGCUGUUCUUAUAGGUCAAUGAAAUUUGAUUUGUUUUCACAGUAUAUAUAAUAAAAAGAUAUAACGAGUACAUUAGUUCUUUAUGUUGUCUGUUUUUAAAUACGAUAAGUGGAAAAAGAUGAAAAAUUGUAAUCGGGGAAAAAGAUAAUGUAUUCAAUUUACAUAAAUAAAUAUUAUUUAAUUGCAAAAGAUUGUAAACAAACUUGAAAAUAAAUAAAGUGGUUUUUGUUUAAAAAA